AUGAAGCUCGUCAGGUUUCUCAUGAAGUGUGCAAACGAAACUGUCACGAUUGAGCUCAAAAAUGGCACAAUCAUUCACGGUACCAUAACUUCCGUCUCUCCACAAAUGAAUACCGCUCUCCGUACGGUCAAGAUGACGCCUAAGAAUGGCGCAUCUCUCUCCCUUGAUACCAUCAACCUUCGAGGUUCCACAAUCCGUUACUAUAUUCUGCCUGAUUCGUUACCCCUCGAUACAUUGUUGAUAGACGAUGCACCAAAGCCAAAGAACAAGGCGAGAAAGGAAGCUACAGGUGCUGCCGAUAGAGGUGGUAGAGGAGGACCUCGAGGCGGACGAGGUGGAGGAAGAGGCAGGGGAGGUGGUGGUGGUGGAUUCAGAGGAGGAAGGGGACGAGGGGGUGGAAGAGGAUUCUAA